AUGUUAUUUGAGGGGGUUGCUGUUGGAAAUAAUUGUGGAUUAUUCAGUACAUAUGUUGGAUAUUGUUGUGUCAUUGAUCGAGUUCGUAAUGGUCGUCGCCGCCGUGCUAAUAAUUGUGAAGGUGCUGUAGUUGAAGGGGCUGAUAACGGGACAGUUGGCAAUGGGACAGAAGUUCUUCAUAUAUUUGAUGCCAAAGCUGCAUGUGAUCAUCUUAAUGGAUUUAAUGUUAUGGGGAGAUACCUGAUAGUACUAUACUAUCAACCUAACAAAGUUACUAAAAAGAUGAAUUUACAGAAAAAGGAAGAAGAGUUGAAAGAAUUAAAAAGGUAA